UAUCCAUCGGCGGUCUCGAAGCUAACUCCGACUUCAACUGCGCGCCGCGGAUUCUCCCCAGCUGCGGCUAAGUUCAAUUCUCAACGUGUACGCAGAGUCCGUGGACUAUUUCUCUUGUUGUUUCUCAGUCUUUCAUUUAGCAUCAGCUUUAUUGUGCUGUUCGUUCGAAACCCUCUACCCAUCAUCUCCCUCGGACGCGGAUAUGAGUCUCCCUGCGGUUACGCUCCCCUAAAUUGCCAACCAAACCGCCGUUGUUCUCGCCGUCCACCAUCCGUGGCUCUUAUAGAGAGUCUUCGUCCCAGAACAGAUUUAUUUCCUAUCGCAGAAUUGGCGCUCUAUCGUUCCCGAUAUGUCCUCUUCGGAAUCUCACAAUAACAGCGCCGCUGGUCGGGGCUCCCUGUCAGCGCCUAAUGGAAAGACAACCGCAGCGCCUCCAAGACUCACACAGCACGACGAUGCCGUCGAGCUUAAGAAUAUGGAAUCUGGCCCGGAAGCCGUCAAGUCUCCUUUACCGAUCGAGCAGGAUAUUAUGCAGCUGGCGCGCCUAGGAGAGAUUGCAGCAGUACAGAAGCUAUUUGAGAGCAAGCAGUUUGAUGCCAAAUACCGAGACGAGGAAGGGAUUACACCUUUGCAUUGGGCUGCGAUUAACAAUCAAUAUGCCAUGUGUAGGUUCCUUCUGGACUCUGGCGCGGACGUGAACGCGAAAGGCGGAGAGUCUGUUGCUACACCAGCCAUGUGGGCUGCUCAGCGGUGCCAUUACUAUAUUGUCAAUCUCUUGCUUCAGCGCGGAGCCGAUCCUCUUCUCACCGAUGUGCAAGGAUAUAACAUUCUCCACCUCGCUACAAUCGACGGGAACGCUUUCUUGCUCAUACUGCUCCUCCAUCAGGAGAUACCGGUGGAUGUGACGGACGUUCAAGGGCACACGGGUCUUAUGUGGGCGGCAUACAAGGGGUUCCCUGCUUGUGUUGAUCUGUUUUUGCGAUGGGGUGCCAAUGUGAACGCUGUGGAUGAAGGUGGAUUGACGCCUCUUCAUUGGGCCCUAGUCAAAGGAUCAGCACCUUGCAUACAGAAAAUCCUCGAGUAUGGCGCAGACAGGUUCGCGAAGACGAGGGACGGGAAGUCGCCCUCGGUCGUGGCGCAAGAGAUGAAUACCACACGAGCAUGGCAUCGCGCGCUGGAUGAGUGUGGUUACGACAUUGACGGAAAUACGAAGAAUGCCGCUGGUUGGGCCUCACUGGCACAGAACAAAAGCACUGUAUCGAAAUUCUUCUUCCUUUGGCCGUUCUUGACUGUGUUCGUGGCUGUCUACAUCCUCAGUCAUAUGCCAAUAUAUGCGGCCGUGCCAAUCAUGCUAGUGGCAGUAUUCUCGUUGCAGUGGGUAGCACAGCAGGUUGCCAAUCAGGCCCCUUCAGAGUACAGGAUUCUGCAGAGAACGCCCUACCUAGCGGGCAUCUUUGCAGGAUCUCUUUUUUGGGUGGGAGUACGAUAUGUGACACAUAUUCUACCAACAACUUAUUCAUCGCAUCCGAUUCUCAAUAUCUUGUUCGUGGUUUUCUACGGCUUGACGACUUAUUUCUACAUCUUCUCUAUGACUUCAGACCCUGGUUACGUGCCAAAACUCAGCAGCAGGAAUCAGCAGAGAGCAGUCAUUACCGAAUUGUUCGAUAUCUGGAAAUUCGAUGAGGAGAAUUUCUGUGUGUUUUGCAUGAGCAGGAAGCCCCUACGAAGCAAGCAUUGCAGACGUUGUGCGCGCUGUGUCUCGAAGCAUGAUCACCAUUGCCCCUGGAUCGAUAAUUGCGUGGGAGCGAACAACCUACGCCAUUUCGUUCUAUACAUUAUCACUUUGGAAGUAGGAAUCAUCCUGUUCAUACAGUUGACUAUUGCCUAUAUCGGACUGUUACCUAACCCUGAGGUUGUCGAGUGCAACGUCAUCAAGGAUAGCCUCUGUAAUAUCGCCCUGCGGGAUACAUACACUCUAGUUCUCAACUUUUGGAUUGCGCUUCAAUUGGUUUGGGUGACAAUGCUUUGUGCUGUUCAGCUGGUCCAGAUUUCUCGAAACCAGACGACGUAUGAGAAUAUGCGAGGUCAUUCUAUCGACCAUGCUCGCCCAAGCUCACAAGCUAUUACGUCCGCCAUUGCCGCAGGGACAACCUCACUCGACGCUGCUGGACUAUCAGCUUCUGGUCAUGGUCCUAACCCCUCACUUUCCGCUGGGGCUCCUCAUCGUCACCGGCAAGGAUGCUUCAAGCAGUGGAAGAUGCUCCUUGGUCUUGACAGCUUUCUGGCAACGGCCCGAGGCGGUCUCAGAGAGCGCCGCGGUAAUACUGCUCCCAGAAACCCUUUCUCUCGAGGAAUCGUCAGCAAUUGCCGAGACUUCUGGUGUGAUUCUGAGCCCUACUUUGGGAAAAGAGAAUCCGGAGCCGCAAUGCUGGGCGGCGAGAAGGUCAACUAUAACCAGAUGUACGAGGUACCACUACGGAUGCGCAGAGGAGGUGGAGGCGAUAGAUCGCAGGGCGCCUAUGCGAGCCUUGCAGCCGAAGACCCAGAAAACGCGGUCUAACAGUAUAUAUACGUUCCUUCUCAUGACUAACGCAUCCCCUUUCCUUUUGGCGGAUGCUCUCUAGGGGAGUUGGCAUCGACUCAGCAUUAUACCACUCUGUUGGCCUGGGGGUCAUGGCCAUUUCAAGUCAUUUAUUUGCUAUCCCUGGCGGACAGCCGGACAGCUGAUAGUUUCGUGUACGUUCAUAUGAUGAUCACCAAGGUGGGUAUAGAUGGAAUAGACACUGCAUGAUUACUACAGUUGAAUGGACGCUCCGUUGAUUCCCGAGCACGAAAGGAGGUGCAUUUCAUUUUUACUUCUUUUUAAAUGUGAUUCUUCUCUUCACUUCUUUUUGUGUUAUGUACAGUAUAUCUCCCUCGAUGUACGGGCUUCUUUGCGAUUUUUUGCUGGUUAUCUUCAAAAACAUAUAGCAGCACUUCUUAUAUAUAAUAAUGGAUUGUAAACUACAAGAUCAACG